AUGGAAGGCUUUGUAAAAUACGUCCAGUGGUCCGCCUCGGCGUUCGCUCUGCUAUUCGUCGUCAACAUCAUCCGCCAACUCCUGCCUCGAAGCAAAUCCGACCCCCCAGCUGUUCUCCACUGGAUUCCAUUCAUUGGCAAUGCAAUCGAGUAUGGACUGGCGCCUUACAGCUUCUUCACUAAGAACCGUGAAAAGUUUGGCGACGUUUUCACCUUCAAAAUGCUCGGAAAAAACAUUACCUGCUAUUUUGGUAUCGACGGAAACGAGUUUAUCCUCAACGCCAAACACUCCGACCUCAGCGCCGAAGAGAUCUACAGCCCCCUGACGACCCCGGUCUUUGGAUCCGAUGUCGUCUACGACUGUCCGAAUUCGAAACUCAUGGAGCAAAAGAAGUUUGUAAAGUUUGGGCUUACACAAAAGGCCCUCAAGGACCAUGUUCCACGCAUCGAGCGGGAGGUGGUGGACUAUGUCACAAGCGCGCCCCAAUUCAGGGGUCAAGCUGGAACCUUCGACGUCAGCCAAACAUGUUCACAGAUUACGAUUUUUACGGCUGGAAGAGCCUUACAAGGUGACGAGGUGCGGGAAAAACUGACCACCGAGUUCGCUAGCUUGUAUCACGAUCUGGACAUGGGAUUCUCCGUCAUCAACUUCAUACUGCCCUGGGCGCCGCUACCACACAACCGCAAGCGCGACGCGGCCAGAAACAGGAUGCGAGACAUCUACAUCGAUAUUAUCAACAAACGUCGACAAAGCGGCGGCGAAGAAGGCUUCGACAUGAUCUGGAACCUGAUGAACUGCACGUACAAGAAUGGCACGCCGGUGCCUGAUCACGAGAUUGCGCAUAUGAUGAUCACGCUGCUCAUGGCAGGACAGCACACUUCCUCGUCCGCCAUCACCUGGAUUAUAUGCCACCUGGCGUCUCGUCCCGAUAUUACCGGGGAGCUAUACCAGGAACAGGUACAGAACUUGGCCAAUGGAGGGCGGCUUGAGCCAUUGCAGUACGAAGACCUCGAAAAGCUACCUCUUUUGCGCAACGUCGUUAGGGAGACCCUUCGGGUGCACGCGUCCAUCCAUUCUGUACUGCGCAAGGUCAAGAAGCCAAUGCCGGUGCCGGGGACUGAUUUCAUCCUCGACACGAGCAAGACGCUGCUGUGCUCGCCGCUCGUCACAGCGCUGAGCGACGAGUUCUUCCCCUAUGCUUACGAAUGGGAUCCUCAUCGCUGGGACGGUACGAAAGCGGGCGGAGAAGAACAAGAUGACGACGCGAACGAGGUUGCCAUCUCGAAAGGCACGCGAAGUCCUUACCUGCCCUUUGGUGCGGGGCGUCAUCGGUGCAUUGGGGAGAAGUUCGCAUACCUCAACCUCAGUGUUAUUGUCGCCACCCUGAUCCGAGAGUUUAAGUUCUUCACAAUGGACGGAUCGAGAACGGUGCCUGAGACGGAUUACACGUCCUUGUUUUCCAGGCCAGUGCAGCCGUCGGAGCUGCGAUGGGAAAGGCGAUGA